GUAGUAUUUUAGGGUUAGGGUUUUACUCUAUAAUUAUAAAUAGAGAUGUAAGCCUCCUUCUCAAUCAUUAAGAAAUAAACCAUCUCUAAAACCCUAUUCUCUGGCUUGCCUCCCUCGGCCGUACGGCCUCCUUCUGCCCUCAACCCCAUCUCCUUCUUCUCCUUCUAUUCCUUCCCUAGUCUCCCUCUAUCAACUGGUGCUUUCAUCCCUGCACUCCAAGCCUCCUUCACCAUGAGCGAACCAACGCCCAUCCCCACUGCAUCGUCGGGUGACGAAGUUGUCACCGCUAUACAAAAUCUUGCAUUGGAACUCCGUUCUCACCGCGAGGAGCAGUUGGCUCUCAUGCUGGAGUUUCGCACGGCGCGACUGGAACAUGCUGCCCUUUCUCAACGGGUGGACCAAGUAUAUUCCAUCUUGGAUUCCGGGUCCGUCGCAGCGGCUAAAGGUAAGGGGCUGUUGGGCCCACGACAUCCACCAGAUCCCACGGGCAUCGGCGAUCCAUUUGACAGGGAUCACCCGGUUCAGCCCCACGACAAGCGCCCCGGCCAUGAGAUUCGUCCGCCCAAAGUUCGUGUGGAUGCUCCUAAGUUCAAUGGAACUGAUCCGAAUGGUUGGGUUUACAAAGCCCAAUCAUACUUUGAUUACUUCCACACCCCCGAAGCCGACCGCCUACGUCUCGUGGGUCUUCUAUUUGAUCAUCCCGCUUCGGAUUGGUUCUUGUACCAGCACAAUAAUGGCCUGCUCACAUCAUGGUCGGAAUUUUUGGAGGCAGUAAAGCAACGCUUUGAUCCGGCCCAUUAUGAAGAUUACGUGGCUCUCCUUUCUAAAUUGCAGCAGCGGACUUCCGUCCUUGAUUAUCAAACGGCUUUCGAACGAUUGUUGAAUAUAAUCUCUGGCGUCUCCGAACCCACGCUAAUUUCCAUUUUUAAGGGUGGUUUGAAACCUGCGAUCCGUCGUGAGGUCAACUUACGGGCACCAACAUCCUUGGGACAGACUUUUGCACUCGCCCGCGAGUUGGACGCCAACCAUAGCGAGACACUGGCGAGUAUCUCUGCCGGACAGCGGCGAUCGUGGCAACCCAACCCUGCCUCUAGUUCGAUACCUCCGAAAUCAGCGGUCACACAGGCGCCAACAGUCCCCACGGCCUUGCCUGUUCGUCGCCUCUCCCCGGCUGAUCGCGCUGCCCGCUCCGCCCAAGGCCUCUGUUGGAAUUGUGAUGAGAAAUUUACAGCCGGCCACCGUUGUGCUCAUCGCUUUCUUGCUUUAUUAGGGACAGACGAUGAGGAGCCGGUGGAACCCGUGGAGCACCAGGCCGACGAGGAACCCCUCCUCACCGGGGAUGUCUCAUGCAUGCAUUCUCUCGCUGGAGCGCCUAAUCCGCGGGCGUUACGGCUGUCCGGCCGCAUUCUGGGGCGCACUAUCCAGAUACUAAUAGAUGGUGGUAGUACGCAUAACUUUAUCCAUCCCCAGGUGGCCGAGUCGCUGCGAUUACCUUUGGAGCCUAUUCCGCCGUUCCGAGUUUAUGUGGGUAACGGGGCGUCGUUAGCAUGUACUCACAAGUCUGUCAACAUCCGCUUAACAAUUCAAGGCCAUGAUAUUCUCUCGGAUCUGUUCGUGCUCUCCAUUCAUGGUACGGACGUUGUUUUGGGUGUCCAAUGGCUCCAAAGCUUGGGCAAGAUUUCGCAGGAUUAUGCCAACUUGACAUUGGAGUUCCGGCAGGGGGAUUCGGUGGUGACCUUACGUGGGGAUACCCACACACCACAAGGUCUUUCAUAUAAUGCCAUGCACACCCUCCACGGUUCUCGGGAGAUUACGGCAGUGUACGAGGUGUAUCUCCUCUCCUCGGGCCAGCCUGAAAAUGGACCGCAAACCCUUGCAUGGCCUCCGGAUAUCCCGUCCGCGGUAAUGGCAGUACUCACACGACAUGCACAGACCGGGGCCUCUAACAGGGUGGCCGAUGCCCUUUCCCGACGGGAGGAGUCAGAUGAUACAGCGGUUCUAUUCACCCUCUAUGCUCAGCCACUGCCCAAACUCCUUGAUAGGGUGCGGUCAGAAAACUCUUCCAUGUCGGAUCCGGUUGCCCUUCACACGGCCGCAACUAGUGGAACACUCAGCGCCCCCUAUUCGGUACAUAAUGGCAUUCUUUACUAUCAUCAUCGCGUGUGUUUAAGCACUACAUCCAACCUCAAGGGCGAGAUUCUACAGGAAUUCCACUCCUCACCGAGCACAGGCCAUCCGGGGAUUGAACGCACUUUUCGCCGUGUGGCGGCUGUUUUCUUUUGGCCCCAUAUGCGCCGGGAUAUCGCAGCUUUUGUCGCCUCGUGUCUCACAUGCCAGGCAACCAAAUAUUCGACUCAAAAACCAGGGGGUCUGUUGCAACCCUUACCGGUUCCCGGUCGUGUGUGGGAUGACGUGACGAUGGAUUUUAUAGUGGGCUUACCGCCGUCGAAGGGCAUGACGUCAAUCAUGGUGGUUGUGGACAGGUUGACAAAGUACGGGCAUUUUGGCCCACUGCCGACCUCCUUUGAUGCUGCCAAGGCUGCUUCCUUGUUCGUCGAGAUUGUAGUUCGUCACCACGGGUUUCCGGCAUCCAUUGUCUCCGAUAGGGAUCCCAUUUUCAUCAGCAAUUUUUGGAAAGAACUCUUUCGGCUAAGUGGCACAACUCUUAAACGCAGCACAGCAUACCAUCCUCAAUCUGACGGUCAGACGGAGGUUUGUAACCGGGAUCUGGAGCAGUACUUGCGGGCCUACUGUCAUGAGCGUCCGUCUACGUGGGUGUCCUUCCUUCCGUGGGCAGAAUUGGCGUUGAAUUCCACUUAUCACGCGGGGCUGAAAACGUCACCGUUCAAGGCUUUAUAUGGCCGAGAUCCUCCGCCUUUGCUCUCACAUACGACGGGCAGUAGCCGCGUCCCAAGUGUCGAGGCCUUACUUCAAGAGCGGGGGGCUGUGAUUCGGUUAUUGCGGAAGAAUCUCAUCAGCAUGCAGCAGCGGAUGGUUGCCACGGCCAAUAAACAUCGACGUCACGUUGAAUUUCAAGUGGGGGAUCUUGUGUUGCUCAAGCUCCAACCGCACAUGCAGUUUUCGGUGGCGAAACCAAGAUCGGCCAAACUUGCACGCCGUUUUUAUGGCCCAUUUGAGGACAACGAGAAGGGGGCGACCUCCAUCUUCUACAGAAGAGUCGUCGGCUAUGGUCGCCGAGCCGCCACCACCACCUUCACUUGUCGUCGACUGCUACACGUCAUCCAAUUUUCGGCCUCCCUUUCAUCGAUGCGCCUCUCAUCCGAUCUAAUUGCCGGUUGUACUCCAAAAAUGAUAGCGAAGGUCAUUGCGUGUGGGGGGAGGCUUUGAUAUGGCUAAAGGCGAGAGGCGUGAGAGAGGUUGAACUUCUUCAAAUUGCAUGGCAAUGGUAAACAGUCUAACAUAUGAGUCUUUUUGGUCUUCUUCCUAUUUUGGUGCUCUUAUUGAUGAUUGCAGCUUGAUAUCGAGUGACUUUCACUUUGUUUCCUUUUCAUUUGUUAGGCUUGGUUUUAAAUUUUAAUGUUAUUGCUCAUAAAUUAGUUCGACAUGU